CUCGGCUGCCUUCCACCGUCUGCCCGGCCUAGGCCGCAGCCCGGGGCCCGCGCCGCGCCGCCCCCUAUGGGCCCCGGCUGAGACGCCGCCGGCGGCCGCGGAUCCCUGAUGCUGGCCCGGAGGAAGCCGGUGUUACCGGCGCUCACUAUCAACCCUACCAUCGCCGAGGGCCAGUCCCCCACCAGCGAGGGCGCCUCCGAGGCAAACCUGGUGGACCUCCAGAAGAAACUGGAAGAGCUGGACCUGGAUGAACAGCAGAGGAAGCGGCUGGAGGCUUUCCUUACCCAGAAGGCUAAGGUCGGUGAGCUCAAGGACGAUGACUUUGAGAGGAUCUCAGAGCUGGGUGCUGGCAAUGGCGGCGUGGUCACAAAGGCCCGGCAUAGGCCAUCAGGCCUCAUCAUGGCCAGAAAGCUGAUCCACCUGGAGAUCAAGCCAGCCGUCCGCAACCAGAUCAUCCGGGAGCUGCAGGUGCUGCACCAGUGCAACUCCCCCUACAUCGUGGGUUUCUACGGGGCCUUCUACAGUGACGGCGAGAUCAGCAUCUGCAUGGAGCACAUGGACGGUGGCUCACUGGACCAGGUACUGAAGGAGGCCAAGCGGAUUCCUGAGGAUAUCUUGGGGAAGGUCAGCAUUGCGGUGCUCCGGGGCCUGGCAUACCUCCGAGAGAAGCAUCAGAUCAUGCAUAGAGAUGUGAAGCCCUCCAACAUUCUGGUGAACUCUCGUGGGGAGAUUAAGCUGUGUGACUUCGGGGUGAGCGGCCAGCUGAUCGACUCCAUGGCCAACUCAUUUGUAGGGACACGCUCCUACAUGUCUCCAGAGCGGCUGCAGGGCACCCACUACUCUGUGCAGUCGGACAUCUGGAGCAUGGGGCUGUCCCUGGUGGAGCUAGCCAUCGGGAGGUACCCCAUCCCCCCACCUGAUGCCAAGGAACUAGAGACCAGCUUUGGCUGGCCUGUGGUGGAUGGGGCAGAUGGAGAGCCCCAUAGUGUCUCACCACGGCCCAGGCCCCCUGGACGCCCCAUCAGUGGUCAUGGGAUGGAUAGCCGACCAGCCAUGGCCAUCUUUGAACUGCUGGACUACAUAGUGAACGAGCCACCUCCCAAGCUGCCGAGUCGAGUGUUCAGCUCAGACUUCCAGGAGUUUGUGAAUAAAUGUCUCAUUAAGAACCCCGCAGAGCGCGCAGAUCUGAAGCUACUCAUGAACCACGCCUUCAUCAAGCGCUCUGAAGGGGAGGAAGUGGACUUCGCUGGCUGGCUGUGCAGAACCCUGCGGCUGAAGCAGCCCAGCACACCCACGCGUACUACAGUGUGACAGCCAUCACCGAGCAGUCUGUGUCCUUGUCCCUGUCGGCACAGUGGCCACCUCUGGGGACAGUGAUGCUGUGUGUUGUGGCAGGGGACCUGUGCCCAUGCAUUUGAAAAACCAAACAAAGUGGAGAACGAGAAAGAAAGAAAGCUGCCACUGUGCUCCUGGCCCCUUGUGUCACCUCCCUCCGCAGGUGGAAGAAGGGCCGGCCAAGGGACGAGGGAGCCGUGUCCCUCCUCAUCUCCCUCCACAGGCAGCCCCUGCAAUGCACAUGCAGCCUCUUUCCUGAGGGUGGGGGUGAGUGGGAGCAGGGGACCCCUCUGGGCUCCUGUGGGCUCCAGAGAGCAUAGCUGAGUCAGCAUAGUUCAAAGGAAGCGGCCUGCUGCCCUCCCGGAAGAGACCCCAGUGGAUCUGGGUCAUGAGACUAGAUAAGAGUUUCCCCACAGCCUGCAGCAACCCCACCAGGGUCCCACCCGGUCCACCCUGACAGAGCCGGUCUCGGCCAUCGGCCUUCUGUCCCGCAGCCUAAAGAGGCAUGUGGGCUAACACUGAGAUCACACCAAUGCAGACCUGGGACCCCUCUCAGGGAUGACAAAAGUAUUCCUUUUUCAGCUGUCCCAAGAGUGCCACCACGUGGGACUGCACGUGCUCCAGCUAGGUGGUCCAAGCAGGUGCUGUCUACUCACUGCUGGGUGCUCCUGCAUGCAUGUACAGGGGCACUGUUGCCUUCCCUAAAGACAAUCCCCUACUGCCUAGGGCUGCCUAGGAAGCGCCCAGUGUGGUGGGGGAGGGGAAUGCCUACUCUCCACCUCUGCCCUGAGCUGGGGUCCAUCCCUCACACCUCCAAAUACUGAGAAGGCUGAGUCAGGAAAAUGGCAGGUUUUAGGCCACCCUGGGCUACCUAGUGAGAAUGUCUCCCAUCAUAGGAAUGGUGCAAUCACAUGUUGGA